GAUGAACAGAAACUGUAUUCAGUAUUAAAGUCUAUAAAGUUAUAUAUAAACUUGUGAUCUAUAUCAAUAUCGAAGACUUUGAGACCGGGUCUAUUCAAUCUUUUGUUCCUUGUUUAAAACAAGAAUCUGAGAAUAGACAAAUAUCAAAAUGCAAGAUGAAGAAGAUCUUGCCAGGUUUAUUGAACAACAACGAGCAAAGAUCGCCCAUGACAGAGAUGUUUUAAAAAACAACCCCUCAUCUGCUAUAACUGAUAACACUGUGAACAGAGAGAUUUUAAAUCGUGGCAAAGAAAAUCGAGUUCCUGGUGGACAAACCAAUCGAUCUGAUGUCGCAACCACACAUAAUCCGUUACCAAUACAAACUGCCGUUCGACCUCCUUCAACACCUCGAAUAUUUCGUCUUGGUGAUGAUUAUAAGAAAAAAAGAGAGAAAUUAAAAGAGGAAUUGAGAGCAGACUAUCGUAAUGCAAUGGCUGAUAAAAAUAUUCGAACAACUGGUCGAAGAUAUCCUGAUCAACAGACACAAUUACCUCUUGGUGGACGCACUAAUUCAGAUCUUGGUCUUAGUUUACCAAUAAAAGACAGAUUAAGUGCAAAGGAGAGACUUCGUUUGGAGAGAAAUCAUGAAUAUAAUGAAUUCAAACAUCACAAAGAAGAAGUUGAAGAAGAGAAACGUCGUGCAAGAAGUUUAUCCCACUCACCAGUUCGAAACAACGUACCUUUCGCAACACCAGUAACCAAAAUUUUUGCUCCUCCAAAUAGCACCAUACCUAACAAAAAAACCAUCGUCAUUCCUAAUGAACCUGUCAAAGAUUCCACAAAUGAAACAUAUGAGGAAUUAUUAGAGAGGAAACGAAAGCAAGAAAGGUCUUAUCGAGGUGUUGAAGAUGAUCGUGAUGAUUACAGAGAUAAAUAUUAUGACGAUGAUAGAGAUGAAGACGGUGGUUACCAUUCGCAAAGAAGAGUUCGAUUUCCAUCAAAAAACAGGAGGUCUCAACCAAGAGGUCAUAGGUCACGACGAGAUGAUGAUUUUAUUGAGGAUGACGAUGAUUUUCGAUACAGAUCACGUAAUAAACGACGUGGAAGAGGUAGGAGACGGGGACGAGAUAGGAGCAGUGAAGAGGAAUCUGAUGACACGUCAGAAGAAGAGAGAUUGUUCAGAAGACGAAAGAACUUGUCUCUUGAAAGACGCAAAGCUGCACCUUCUUUUGAACGAGAAGCCACGACAGGAUCAUUACGUGAUAACAAAGACAAGCAAGAAUUUAAUGAUCUGAGAUCAAAAUCUGCUCCUCCUGAACAAGAGUUUACUGGUCUUCAAAUUGGGAAAAUCACGAGUGCUAACACAGCUCAGAGAAAGAAAGAAGAAUAUAGAACUGACUUAUUGAGACAAAUGGAAGAAAAGAAAUUGUCAAAAAAAAAACAAAGAGAACAAGAUUUACAUUUUGAUGCCACUGUAGUGGAUGCUUCAGGACCGAUUCCUAGGUCAAUGCAGACAAAAGACCAAAGUCCGCCUAAAAGACAUGCAGAAGUUUCCUCUCCACCACAGGAUGCAGACAAAAAACAAAGAAAAAAGGGCAAAAAGUCUUUGAGAUACAAAUUAGAGACAUCAUCUGAUGACGAAGAAGACGAUAGACCCAGGAAAGGCUUAUACCGAGGCAUGCCCCGACAGCCUUAUUUUGCAGCCCUGCCUCCCCAACCUCCAAUGGGAUAUUAUCCAUCCCAAUAUCCAUCUCCAUACAAUGAUGCAUAUUACUAUUAUGGGACGCAAAACCCACUUGACCCAUCUGGGAUACCACCACCACCCCCGCCCGGAACUGGUUAUCCCGGGGUUUCACCUCUGAUGGCUGCAUUAGGACCACAAAGAGGUGAAAGAAGCAAUUCUCCUGAAAGAGCCAGAAAAUCUACAGAAGUACCUACGGCCAGGAAAUCUUUUCAGAGAAAUGAGUCCAGUUUAGUUGCGGAUGACAAAAGAGAUGAACUUAAAAAGAAGCAACAAAUACAAGAAUAUCAAGAUGAAUUGAAAAUUCAGAUUGCUCAAAAAGAACGCGAGAAAAAGGCAGCACGCCAAGAACAAGAACGCUACGAUUUAAAAAUCGAGGAAGAAGCUAGAAACUACAAUCCAUGGGGUAAAGGGGGUGGUGGCGCUCCAAUGAAAGAUCGACAGGGAAAUCUUAUAACCGAUCUCAGAGAAAUGCAUAUUGAAAAUGAAGAAGCAAAUCGUGACCCAACAAAAGCUGAAGAAGUAGUUCGGGAACGCCUUCCCCAAACCAACUUAUAUAGACGGGAAGACAGACCAGUUAUAGAUUUAUCUCCAAGGAAUCCUGGAGGAACAGAGGGUGAUGACGUGCUCUCUCCACGUUUCGGACGAAGUAAUCCAUUUGAGAAUCGUCAAUCGGACGAACAAAAACAACAACGAGAUGUUUAUAAAGAUUAUCUGCAAAAGCAGAUAGAAGAGAAGAAAAAGAUUGAGGCUGAGAAAAAAGAAAAGGAGAGAAUUGAAGAAGAAAAAGAAGAAAGGAGGUUGGAAGAACAAAGACAAAAAAUAAAAGCAGAAUUGGAUGCUGAAAUUGAAAAGGACAGAAACAAAAAAGAAAUGGCUCGUAGACAGAAUGAAGAUCUUCGAAUCCAAGCAGAAGAAAGGAAAAGAGAAGAACAGAGGAAAAAAAUGGAAGAAGAAGAUGAAUUGCGGAUAAGAAAGGAAAGGGAAUUGGAUGAAAGGCUUCAUAGACAGACCAAUUCUCCUCCAAUACCGACUUUGCAAGCCCAGCAACCAGAAAGACAAGUGGUUAUAUCACCGAGACCUCAACCUGUUGAACAAGCUCGAAUUUCAUUUGAAGAUGACAACUUGACAGCUAGGCAUCCACCGCCGCAAACUCAACCAGUUGUUCGUACUCCUCAAAUAAGAACAUACAGGGGAGAAUCACCAAUUCAACAGGAAAGAAGACCAAAUGUACAAUCAAGAGCUGAAUCGAAAAGGAUUUCAAGAGAGUUAUCAGCUUUACGAAAACAACUUUUGAGCGAACAACGCAGGGUUGAAAAUCAACUUCGAACUGUAGAUUUGACAGGACCACAGCAACCCCAAUCUCGUAAAAUAAACACGGAAUAUCUUGUUGACUUAUCGAGAGCAAAACAGAAACCAGUAUCAGUGCGACGUCCCCCGACAGUUGAAAAAGAGAGACCAAGUUCGAGAGCGCUUCGUGAAUUCACAGAUUAUAAAUACAGACCUGAUGACACGCAAUCGAUUCGUAUGUUCAGAGCUGAAUAUCCCGAGACCCCUGAUGAUGCCAAGGCAUUGGAAAGACAGCAGGAAGCUCUCAUAGCAAGACAAGGAAGAAAUUUAGAAGAUUUAAGACAACAGAAAGAUGGCAGACAACCAAAAAAUAGAAGAAGCGAACCCAAUAGGUCUCUUAUUCCUCCCAGUGUUGCGCAAUCCAGAGCUUCAUUGUUAGAAGCAGAAACAACAUACAUUCCUAUUCUACCUGAUGAUGAAGAAGACCAAGACAACAGAUAUCACUUCAACUCGGCGCAGUCUUCCCCUCCACUGUCAAGACAGAGCAGGCAGCCUUCAGCAAGGGACAGGCGUAGAAUGGCAAGAAAGCCUCCAUCAGCGCAAUCUGAACGUCAAGUUCCACCAAGAAAUCGUCCUGACAAUUAUUCAUUGAGUUCUCUGGCAACAUUGGACGUCGAUAGACUUGCAAACAAGAAUCAUGAUAGAUUAGAAAAACUCAAAGCAAUACAAGGUGAUGAAGUAUCUCUGACUGACCCAGAUGACAUUUUAGAUAGAUUUGUUAACAAGCAAAAGGGUGGUAGAAGACGUCCAACCACUAAUGAAGAUGAGUAUGGUCGCAGGGCAGGACCUUCUAGCUAUAAUGAUCCAUUAGUGUCACAUUCUUUUAAUACCAGACCACCGUCUGUCAAUACUGUGGACACUGAACCAUGGUUGAGGCCUGAGACCGGUCCCACCAUGGCGUAGUACGUCAACAACAAUGUGGCCGUAAUGCAUUUUAGUUGUUCCAUCUAAAUUUCAAAAAUAUGGCAUUAAUCUAUUUUAGAAUUUUCAUGUAGAAUCCGAAUUGGGUAUUUGAUAUUGUUCAAAUUCAAGUUCAAAGAUUAGAUUGGAUGUGCGUUGAAUUGGGUACUCUGACUCCAGCUUCCAAGUCUGAGAAAACAAAAUGAAAGCAUUCUUCGAUUACCUGUUAAGAAUGCGUAGUUAACUUGAAAGGAUUUUUAGUUACGGCCGUUAAAAAUUUGGAAUCCAAAGAAUUGAAUUUACCGCCUUGUAGAGAAUAAAAAUACUACCCAGGCUUCCAUAUCAAUAAAAACAUGUCGGGCUACAUCUCUACAGCCCUGUUUAUUACAUAUAUAGAGGAUGGAUACACUGGAUACGGAAAAUAUAUGAAAUAUCCAGUAGAUUUAAUCUCAAUAGCACAUUCUCUGUGAAACUGUAUCUCAUGUUAUAGUCUGCAGCAAGAAUUAUUUUUGUUUUCAAUUUUGGAAAGAAAAAUUCAGCUGUGGGCCAAUAUUAAACUUAAAGAAUGCUAACUAGCAAUUUUAUUUCCAAGUUAUAGAAUAUAGUGGGUUUUUUUUUCAACACAUAAGGCAUUACACAAACAAUCGACCUAUCAUUGUUCUGCUUCAAUUUCUCCUAACCGGUAUAUUGUACAAUAAUACAAAGUUAUUUUUGAUGGUUAUUUCUAUAAGUUUAUAUAGUUUACUCAAACAAUAGAAAAAUGUGCUUCUAGGUGCCCAGGUGCACUGACUCUAAUUAUUUAUUAAAAAUAUCAUUAUCAUUAAUUUGAUAAUUUUGCAACCGCCUUUUUUCUAAAUAGUAUCGUCAGCAACGGAGCUUACAUAAAGCCAAGUACAUACACAGUAUGUAUUGGUAUACUUUUAUGUAAUAUAGUAAAUGAAAGUUGUACAAAGGGAUGUUUUUUCUUUAUAAAAUUAUAAAAAUUUUAUACUUUGUAUUAUUAUCACUGUUGGAUUUCAUAUAUGAAUCUAUUUUUCUAGUCUUUUUUGCAAAGUAUAAAUUAGAUUUACAAA